AAGUCUACAGAGGAGGCAGACUGUUGCGUGUCAGGUGACACGGACAUUGCAGCACCAUGAACUCAGAAGACCACCCAGAGAAAAGCAGCUUCAUAGAGGAGGUUGUCAAGCAUUUGCAGAACAUACUGAGCCCAGAAGAUGUGCAAUACCUACUGAAUGAUGAUAAAGCCUGGGAAAAAGUUGUGACGGCAGCCAAUCUGGCCAGGGUUGAGGCUGAAGCAAUACGUGAAGGUCUGAGGAAGAAGAACCACACAGCCCCACAAGUGCAAGACAAGCAUCAAAAAGAAGAAAAACAUAGGGAGAGGUUUUUGGAAUUAUAUCCUUUGGUGGAAAGUUAUGUUGAAGAGCACAUAGCCCAGCUCCGAGCACUGGCAGACAAGGCUGACAAGUUACACAGGGACUGCACCAUCUCUAAAGUGGUGGCCAGUUCCACCAGCAUUGUGGCUGGUAUCCUGACCAUAGCUGGCAUUGGUCUGGCCCCUGUAACAGCUGGCGCGAGUCUGGCACUCUCAAUGACUGGACUGGGGCUGGGGACAGCAUCAACUGUGACUGGAGUAACUACCAGCAUUGUGGAAAGCACAAGUAUGGCAUCCAUAGAAUCUAAUGCCAAUAACUUGGUAUCAAACAGUAUAUACCCAGAGAAGGUGUUCAACGGAGUUCUACAUGAUCAUGAUGACCCACUAGCUUCUUCAGAAAAUCAUUUGUUCAGAAACCUGGAGGACAUUGGGAGGAACAUCCACGCCAUCAAGUCAUUCAGUUUCAACCCUCAUUUAUCAGCUCAAGCCGCAUUACGCCUGAAUGCGGAAAGAAUAUCAGUCCAAACUGCCAGGGUGUUGCCAAGAGCUCUGGGGGGCGCUGCUCUGUCAGUGAGCAAAGGAGUUAGGCUCUUUGGUGCAGCCACUGCUGGCUUAUUCAUUUUGGUGGAUCUUGUCAGCCUUGUGCAAGAUUCAAUAGACUUGCACAAGAGGGCAAAGACAGAAUCAGCAGAAAAGCUGAGGCUGUGGAUCCAGGAGCAGGAAGUCUUGUUGGGGGAACUCAAACAGAUUUAUAAAAGUCUGCUUUAAAACAUACAUUGUGCCUCCCAGAGGAGGUAUAGAGAGAUUGAGGAUUAAAUAAGGUUUAUAGAACUGGGUAUUAAUUAAGGAGUCUGGUUUUCCUGAUGAUGAGUACUCAAGGAAGAGCCCUCUUGGGUGUCUGAGAAGGAGGAUCAUGGAGCUAGGAAUAAGGGGAGAGGACUGGAAAAUGACAGAACUACGACUAUUCUUUUUAUUUUUCACAAGAAAAGACAUUGGUGGUAUAAAUAACUACAAAGCUUAGCAUAGUGAGUCAGUCUAGCAAUUCUAAUGAGUGGAAAGGGAUGGGAAGAAAGCAAAAGGGUUAGAAUAAUUUUAUUAUGGAGAAGAAACAUUGGCUUCUCUGUUGACAUUCCCUAAGAAUUCACAUUCUAGAAAGAUAGAAUUCAUUUUCUGGUGGUGAGCAUGCUUCCUGUCUUGUUCACCUCUGUCUUCUAGAAUGUUUGAUCUUACUCAGGUUGUGUCUUCUCAGUUAUGGCAGUGGUGAUUGUGAAUGUGAUUGUGAUUGUGAUUGUG